AUGGCUGAUGAGUUGGAACCAUUGUGUAUUCCAGUGGGUCUUUACGUGAAGCCAUCAGCCAGAAUGACGGUCACUGUCUGUCUGCCUCCGCUGAAACAACCUGGACAGUCGAUCUCUAACUGGGAUUUGAUGGAGAAAAUCAAAAAAGCCGUUAGUCCUAUAGAGCUUUCAUCAAUUCGUGUCAUGACAAGUACUAUCGAGUUGGUUCGCUUCGAGGCAGAGCUCCCCAACCGCAAGAUUCUUGCUAAGGUCAUUAAAGCUUUGGAUGGUUAUACGUUGAAAGUAAUGGGUUUUUUUGAGCCGCUAAAAGUCCGAGCAGCGGAAGCGAAGUCGGAUUUUCCUACCCGACAUGAUUGGGAUGAAUUCUUUCGAAAUUCAGAUAAUAUGAAUGAACGAGAACCCGGUGAACGACCCGAUACUAUUUAUUUAGCGAAAAUGCCAUCGAAUUGGUUUAAGGAAUGUGGCUCCAGUGAUGAUUCAGUACCUAAUGAACAUGUUCUUCAAAAUGUCUUCGAACGUUUUGGAACAGUUCGCUGUGUUGAUAUCCCAGUUUGCGAUCCGUAUAGAAGGAAAAUGUCUUCUAAAAUAUCUGGUAUACGUACCACAGGUUUCUCAUUCGGACAGGAGGUAUUAUUUGAAGGAUAUGUACAAUUUGUAGAAUAUAUAUCAUUCGUCAGAGCUAUGGAUUUUUUGCGUAACAAGAAGUUAGUGAAGAAAAUGCCGGAUGACAGGAUUUUCGAAGCAGCGAUCAAAGUUGAUUUUGAUAAAAGUAAACAUUUGUCAAACAAAAACAUACAUAAAAGAUAUGUCGAAAGAGAACGAUUGAAGGAAUUAGAGAAGCAAAAAAUUUCAGAAGAAUGUCAAGAUCGUGAAAAAGGUGAGGGAAAUAAAACAAAUACCAGAAAAGAAUACGUCGAUCGUAGACCACAAAGGGAAGAGAAACACAGCCGAAAACGAAAUCAAAAGAGGCAACUAAAGAAGGAACAUCAAUUAAAUGAAAUGAUCGCGGAAGAAGGAAGAAAAUUGGUAAUUGCGCGGCGGAAACUGGAAUCAAGAAGACUGCUUUCGACACUUUUUUGGAGAAUUGAGGCAAAACUGCGAAAGAAAGAUUCUAGAAUGAAAAUGAGUCCGAGGAAUUUAGAAGAAGAUUUACAAUCGGAACUAGAAACGAAGCUAAGACAAGCUCUUCUUCGGGAACAAGAACAAAGAUUGCGAAAACGAAUUGAAGCUAAAAUGAUGCUUGGCAAAUCACAUGUCACCAACAGUGGAGGUCGACGAGAUUAG